AUGAGUGGCCUGCUAUGCAAGAUCAAGGGCCUGUUAGGCAUAGAUCCCGCAAAGAUCAAGCCAGGCGAAGAGAAUCCACCCAAAAAUAUGAGUGAGGUCAUAGAGAGAUUACCAGAUUAUAAGGCAAAGAUGGUCCUACCCCACCUUAACGACGUUGAAGUGAAAUCGCCGUUAAGUAUUCAGUGGAAUUUCGUAACCGAAGGAUUGAGAGAUCUUCAUUCUUUGGAGAACGAUCGCCAUCUGUCGUCCGAUGCUUUGGAAGUAUACAUCGCUGUGGUUUCCCCGGAACAGUGGUCACAUUUCUCGGCUAUUAGCGUCUUUCUUGGUCGUGGGAGAUGGGCCUUUGUUCAGUAUACAUCAGAGAAGGAGAAGCUGGUCGACAGGCUCCAAACUCUCAUCUGGGAGGUCAUGGUAGACGUUCCCCAUCUGAACACGAUAGUGACACGCGACAUGAGAGAGCGGAUGGAACCGUGGCAGAUUGCGGCGCUCUCACCGUCUCAUCAGGUUGGCUUCGGUUUUGUCGUUGUUGUAUGUUAA